AUGACACUGCUACCCGUGCAUUGCGCGUUACUAGCAUGCACAGCAGCUCUUGUUAAUCUUCAUGUCCCUGAUCCUUACAUGGACGAAAUAUUUCACAUUCCUCAGGCACAACGCUAUUGCUCAAACGAGUUCGCCACGUGGGAUCCAAAACUGACAACACCACCUGGCUUGCAUGUAUUUAUUUCUUCAUACCUGAUUAGUCGCAUCCUUACAAUAUGUAAUACUACAGUCAGUUUACGCGCCAUAAAUAUUGUAUUUGCUAUAUGCUUGUACCCAGUGAUACGUCGUCUUGUCGCUCUACAUCAUCCUCACACAAGUCGAUGGUCUCAACACGUAUUUACGUUGGCGUUGACUUGGUUCCCCGUUGGCUUCUUUUACAACUUUGUGUAUUAUACCGAUCCAGGAUCCACGUUAUUUGUGCUUUUAUCCUGGCUUUUGGCUAAACAAAAGCGCUAUACUUUGGCUGGUUUGAGCGGUCUUGUAUCGUUAACUUUUCGACAAACCAAUGUGAUAUGGGUCUGCGUGAUAAUGUCCAUUUCUAUCAUGGAUCUUCUCUCGUUCCACGACCAGCCCAUCUCUUCCCCCUCAUCAUCAUCAUCUAUCAUGGUGCUGAAAUGGCGACAACUGAUAUUGCAAGCAUUACGCAAACUGCCGCUACUGAUCAGCAAACUUUUUAUGUUUAUCUUGACCAUCAUGGCCUUUGUUGCAUUUCUUGUCUGGAAUAAUGGUAUCGUGCUGGGUGAUCGGUCAAAUCAUAUUGCUGGAUUACAUUUCCCACAACUGUUUUACUUUUCGUCGUUUUUGUCGUUCUUUGCCGCGCCGUGGCUACUCACGCCUGACAAUCUGCGCGCAUUCUUCCAUCCGACCUUGAAACGGCUCCUAGCAUCUGUUUUAGUGGGAUUAAGCAUGUUUUACCUUGUUCACAAUUAUACGUACGAACAUCCUUUCCUUCUCAGUGAUAAUCGGCAUUAUACUUUUUACGUAUGGAAAAAGAUAUACCGACGGCAUUGGAGCAUACGCUAUUUGGCCAUUCCGUUCUACGUCGUUAGUGGUUGGUUCAAUUUGCGACCAUUAGUGCGUCACACAGGCUUUUUGGUAUGUCUUGGAUAUGGUCUGGCUCUAAUCCUGACGCUGGUGCCAUCGCCAUUACUCGAAUUUCGAUAUUUUAUCAUCCCCUUUCUUUUCUACUGCAUUCAACUCGGACCAACAUCAUCAUCAACAACAUCUGGUGCUACCCAAAUACCAUUUUUAUGGCGAACAUGGCUCGUCAUCAUCAUGUAUCUUUUGAUACAUAUUGUCACGAUAUACCUGUACUUGUACAAACCAUUUGAAUGGCCACAUGAGCCUGGCCAAAUCCAACGUUUUAUGUGGUAA